AUGAUUCCUGCAGCUCCAUUCAACGCGAAAGAUCGACUGCGGAGAGCUAAAUCGUCACGCUCUAUUCGAAAGACUCGGUCUUCCGUCCUUGCACCAGAAGUAUUGGAUAUUGAAUCCGUCAGACAUCAAGCUACUGCUGCUGCUGCCUGUGCAAUGCUCCGUUCCAGCGAAAGAUCCUCCACGGAUUCCAGGAGUUCUUACGAUCGCUUGGGCGGCCCUGGGAGCGUUGCAGUGCCCCAGAGACGCCACCCUCGCGGCAAUCGAUAUGUCGACGAUAGCUCUUCCAUUGGUCAUGGGCCAUCCUCGAUGCAUGCGUCUCGCUUUUGCCCUUCGGAUGCGGGCUUCGUGGAGCCUCAGGAUCACUAUCAAGCUCUUUCGGCUGCUCUGCCCCCCAUAAGUGAAUUCCAGGGUCUAGACGGAGGAGGGCCUUCGGCACCUUCUUCUUAUCGCCGGCUCCGUAAGUCGAAGUCAAUGUUUUCGACGAGGCACCGCCGUUCGCAUGUUACCUCUAUCGCUUCCCCAGACUGCAAUGGCAACCCUACCGCAGCAUACAACGGGCAGUGGAGUACCCCGCGGUCACUCAGGACUCUCACUCGAUCAAAAUCAUUUCUCCGAAGUGGAAGCCGAUCGACGAGAGUUAUCCGACACGCGAAGAGUCACGAUGCAGCGAUUGAGCUUGCUCGUAGUCAGUUCCUCCAAAAUUCGGAGGAACAGCAAAUGCAGCGAAGGCACUCUUCCCUUUUACCGAUUAAACCUAGGCGGGAGCAUAAACCAUUCAGAAAGACAUUCCGAAUUGUCAGUGAGCCUGGAUUGGAUGCAAUCGAUGCCCCGACUUGGCUUGAUCCCUCGAGGAAUGGUGGACUCAAUACUAAAGCCCGCUCUCUAUCACACUCAAUCAAGAACGGGAUAAAACGUUUGCUGCGACUGUCCAAGCCUGCUGGAUCACAGACAAGUACAUAUGGGCCAUCAAGCCCUCGACUCUCAUGGGAGAAUGGUGGCUCUGUUGGAUCGACUACUUACACCGGCUAUGGUCUCGGAGAACAAUCGUCUAACGAUGAUUCCGCUUGCCAUGAUCGACCCCCAACUAUACGCAGUAUUCGAAGUUCUGAAAGUAUUUGUACAUCUAAUUCUCGCGUUACUAGUUGGACUGAUUCCACAGCAGCGAAUACAAUCGCCACUAGAAGGGCAACUGACCGAUUAUCGAUCAUUCAAGAACAUGGGAAUACUACGCGACAGCUCUCCCAGCUAACACCCAAUAACUCUCCAAGUUGUCUAUCGUAUCCAAGCGUGCGAUCAGGAGCGUCUAAACCGGAUAUAUCUACUGACGGCCAACGCUUGUACUCGGCAUUGAUGAAACGAAUUGGCAGGGAAAGUAUGGAGCGCCCAGAUGAGGGCAUUGUUCUUGGAACAGUAAAAGAACACCAUCCGAUUCCACAACGUGCAAAUUCAGUCUACUCGCACCGUAGUAGGAGAACUGUCCGUCGGGUUUCCAGUGACGAAUCGGUGGACUCUCCUCGAUCGUUCGCAACGGCUACUGGAAAUACUCCCUCCGCCAGACAUCAACUCCCUAAGAUGCCUAACAUUCACCGAGAAGGCAGCAGCUCUUUGACUCCUCAGCAGCGUACAAGCUACUGUGAUAAACAGUCUCAGGGCUUGUCUAGUCACAUCAUGUUGAGCAGGAAAUCUAGAUACUCGCUGGCACAACAGACUGACCAUUUUGAAAAUUCCGCUCUUCGCAAAGAGUCGUCGGAUGAAUUUUACGUGAAUGGAGACAAUUUUAAUGGUGAAUAUGCAGCUGCCAGGCCAAAUGAUCACAGUCAAGAACCAGAUUCUCCUAGCGUGUAUUCUAGGACUACAGGUGCCAAUACGCCAGCGGAUGAGAACAUUGGGCUAGACCCAGAUAUCCUUGAACCAGAGGAAGAGCCGGGUAUGGCUACGAUUUUUGAGAGUACACCUUACAGUUCUCCAAGGAGGACUGCUCGUUCCACCUCCUACACAGCGACCCACCCCAGCGCUGACUGGCAACAGUGGGUGAAUUCUCAAAUGGCGAGAAUUGAUCAGCUUGGACCAGCAAGAAGAGAUCAUUAUAGAGAGGAUGCACAGAUCCAGGAUAACGAGACAGAUUCGAUAUUUUCGGCAAUUCCUAUAAACUCGGCUACUCCCAGCAACGGCCAGGACUCUGGAAAAGGUUUGAGUAGGCAACUGUCAAUCAGUUCCAAAAUCUCAGGGCGGAGCAACUUCUCACGACCCUUCAACCGGUCACCGAGCGUGCGCACUAUCAUUUCGCCACAAAAAUUCCCUGCGAGUGCUGCUAUUAUCCCUUCUUCAACUUCAUCUUCGCCGUCUCCAAUUCGCAGUUCUGCCGUUGGGUCUGCUGGCCAACCUUUCUCUAUCCCACCCCUGUCGCCGAUGCGGACUAGACUUAGUAACGCGCCUCAGCUCCCAGAGUCGCCAACCCCAAAAAGAGAGGCGGCUACAACACAGAGAAUGUGGGCCAAUGAGCAAUAUGGCCGCUAUCCUCGGCGUCCUCCUUUCGCUCAAGACGCCAAGGCUGUUCAAUUCCGAUCCCUCCGCGCCUCGAGAGACAACAGGCGAACGACAAAUGAGAAUAUGAAACAUGAACAGAAGGGUGGCAGUGGAGUAGCAGAAGGACAUAACAAUGCUCAAGAUAUUCAUUCGACGGUCUCUAGCAAGCGAAUGGUGGAGAUGUUCCUGAACAGCCGGCGCCGACAGAUGGGAUCGGAGGUGUCGGAGGACGGCACAACAGAAGCAGCAUUUAUAUAAUUACCAUCGACGCUAGCAACAGCCAUUUUGCUUCCGAUGCCCUAAGCAAUUAUUGUUUUGCAGUAUACAUAGCUUUUCCACUCUUUUCAUUCUUUCCCGAGGCCGCGGACCACCGUCAGACGUGAUGUAUAAGCAGGGUAGACCUAGUUACUCGCGUACAUGUUUAGAUAUAGGAUUAUGUUAAUUAGUACCAGGUAGACAACUAAGCAGUCUGGGUCCGAUCGGGCCACUAUUUA